AUGUACAAUCAUCAACAGCUCGCGCUCAUCGAGCGUGGCCCCCUCAAGGACGGACUCGCGGAGUUCGCGGACGACCUCGACCUCGCGCGCUCUCUGUCUUCACCUGGAUCGCACCUCGCCGCCGCGCGUGACGACGGCAUCCGCGUCCUCUACCCAUACCCCUGUGAACAGCUCUUCAACGUCAGCUGUCGACGACUUGCGAAGAAGUUUGGGCCCAUGGACCCGUUGGUGGUGGAGGGGUUGCAGAGGCAGAAGGAGGAGCGCAACGCGGCUGGGUAG